AGGGAUAAGCUCAUACUGCCUCGGAACUAUGAAGCUCACUCUUCGUUACGCCAGUGUUAAGGCGAAAACGAAAGUGAGUCUCUAGUGUCUUCGAGAACACACACAAUUGAAAGUAGCGGUUCUUCCAAGUCCCAUGCAUGUCGUGUGUGUCUAUUAUUUAAUUCAUAACUUUAACGCUGCCAUCGCCGCCAUUCAAAUCCAAUUAUGUUUAUUUUUACCGUCUUCGAUGUCGUUUUGAUUACCGUCUGCGAACGUCCCACACACAGAGCGCACUCAUGAGCACUUGAGCAACUAGUGCGGCAGCUGAUGAAGAUGUUGACUUUAUGCUAAUGUUUCACAGAACAGUGCUAGAACACGAAGUGGAUUUUUAUUAGUCGAAAUGGAUGCUGCACGAAAAGUGGCAAAUUAUGUGGGGACACCGGAGCAGAGCAUCGCGAAAAGUGGAAAAUUUAGCUGCGGAGAUGACGUUGCACUAACGCGGUGGUGGGGCCGGCCCCCGAGGCUUUAAAAACCUUAAUUCCUCUGGCUGUGCGACAGUAGUGCGGUAACACUGAAGCGUGGAGCUUGAACUGUGAAAGCUGUGGAAAGUGAACGCAUAAAUUCGCAAUCCUUUAGCGCGGCCUAGAUGCAUAGCAAGGUGAUAGCAAUCCUUACGCAUAUCCUGAAGGCGAUACGUAGUUCUACGGCAUAUUUGCAGCGCCUAGUGUACUAGGAAUCGCAAGUUUUCCACACAAGUGCUUAUAUAAGUGUGUAAGCAACAACAAGCUGCGCCUGCAGUCAGGAGUCAAAGAAUUAAUUAACCUGCCGCUAUUUUUGUCGCGCCUUUUGUUCAAUAAAUUCACAGUGCCGACUUAAUCAAAUUGUUUUAAAUUGCAUUAAGUAUUUACAUACCCACAAACAAUCGCACCAAAAACGUGGAAAAUAUUUUUAAUCGGUUCCUGGAACCGCUGUUCUUAUCAACCCAUAAUAAACACUACAUAAUACAAAAUACAAAAUACGGAAAAUACAAAAUGCGCUUUAAAUCGAAAAUAGCCAUUUUGAGUAUAUCGGUGGUGUUGAGUUGCUGCCUGUGGACGCACAGUGAGGCAAAAAUGCUCACGCGAUGCCAACUUGCCAAGGAAUUGUUGGCUCACGAUUUCCCAAGGAGUUAUCUCUCAAAUUGGGUGUGUCUGGUGGAAAAUGAGAGCGGCCGAAGUACUUCAAAAGUCCAGCAAUUAGCUAAUCACAGCGUGAGCUUUGGACUUUUUCAGAUAAACAAUAAGAAUUGGUGUCGAAAAGGUCGAAAGGGCGGAAUAUGCAAUAUCAAAUGUGAAGAUUUUUUGAACGAUGAAAUCUCCGAUGAUUCCCGUUGCGCCAUGCAAAUUUUCAACAGACAUGGCUUUCAGGCUUGGCCCGGCUGGGUCAAUAAGUGUCGUGGACGCACGCUGCCCGACGUCUCCAGGUGCUGAGCACAUCUAACGCUAAUCGUGAAUGCGCGUCGGAGU